GCGCCUCAGGUGAUCUGAUCAUCAUAAACCAAAGAAAGGAAGGCGCGCUACCGAUGGCAUCCGGUGUUGUCGUCCGCAACGAUGACGAGUCCGCGUCGCUCUUGGACGACGACGACGAUGGCGGGUCUCCAGUCUCAGGCGGCGUGUCUCCACCGCCGCUCCCCGGGAAGGCGAUGAGGAGGCCGAGGCACGCCGUCAUGAGUCUCAUACGCUCGCCCUUCGCCGCCGUCCUCCGGAUGACGACGUGCGCGCGUGAUGCCGCCAUCAGCACAGGCGACGAGCAGCCGAGCAACGGCGGCGACACGGCCGGGGUGGAGCGCCGCCGGGGGGCGAGGAGGAGGCCGAGCCUCGAGCAGCUCCUCAGGAUGGAGGCCGCGCCGCCGCCGCCGCCACGUCCAGACAGGACAAGCGAACAACAUACGACGGCUCCGUCGCACGACGUCGUCGCCACCUGCACCACCGUGCAGCAGAAGCGUGCGCAGGCGCCGCUCUCCCCAUCUAAAGGCCAUCACACGGUGGUGGUGGUCUCCGAUGACGACGACGACGAGCGGCACGCCGCGGGCGUGCCUGCUGUCAAGCCGGACGCCGCCGGCCGCCGGCCAACGAACUCGAAGAGGCUGGUGGUCGUGUUCGCGUCUCUACGGCAGUGCUCGAGGGCGUCGGGGAUUAGCGUGGCGAUGCCGUCGAAGGACCCGAACGGGAAGGUUGCUGCCGCAGGCGGCCGUGCCCCCGGCAAGGCGGAGCUGUUCUAUUACCGACCCAUUCCGAUGGGGCGGAGGUGCCGGGUGCAGCACCUGGAGGAAUCUCCGUACAAGUGAUUCGUCAGUCGUCACACGACUAGGAGGGACGCUGAAGCGGAUCGGAUGGCCGAUGGCACGCAAUUUUUUUCUUUAUUUUUUAUCAUUUUAAAGUUGGUGUACUUAUAUGCAAUCCUAUGUUUAAGUGUUUAUACAAGACUCAUGUAUCUUAUUAAGAGCUCCUA